GGGUCAGCGAGGCAGUCGUGUAGUGGACGCUGGAGUUAACUCAUCACUCCUCAUCUGUGUGGCUCGUGCUGGCUAAAGUGUGGCCGCUUCAGAAAAAUAAAGUUGAUUAUAUGGAUUUCGUGGUGCUCGUGUGGUAUAAAGUGAAUUAGUGGUAGGGGCGUGAAGGUAUCUAUCAAUGGAGUACUCUUGAUAGUAGGUGGGAGACUUAGUGUUGCAGGUGGGAGACUUAGUGUUGCAGGUGGAGGGAGGUGGUGGAGUAAGAGCCAGGGAGCACCAGUCCCCGGCCACCACACACCCAGGUGACUGUUAGGCUGCCCUCAGCCAGUCUGUUAUCGUCAUCACCACCCACCAUACACACUCUCCUGCUCCUCCCAGCCCUCCUCAACCCCUCACGCGCCCUAUAGUUACCACGCCUUCAUAACUCCAUAAUUUAAUAGCAAAAAUAGUGACAGUGUGUAAGUGUAAUAGUGUAAAAGCAAAGGAAAUAGUGUAAAGCAAAGGUUACAUAUAAAAUCGAGGUGUAAGAAGAAUGGGGGCGAGUUCGUCUCACCACGAGCCCCUGGGGGACCAGCACUCCAACGCCUGCACCCGCGGCGCCCCCCACGGCCCCUCCCACACCCGCACCUCCCUCAGGAAGUCUCUGAGGAAGAAGAAGCGAGAGAAGCUGGACCAGAAGGAUGACAACAAGGAGAACCAAGGGAACGAGGUGGCCCCUGAGGGUCGCGACCAACCGCCCCAGCCCAAGGUUGAGGGACCAAGUGGAUCACGGGGACGAAAGAUGGAUCGGCUUCGGCGGAGCUUCAGAGAGAGUUUUCGAAAGAAGAAGGAUCACCAUGUGACGGAGGCAUCCAAGCCUCACCAGUGGCAGACUGAUGAAGCAUCUGUUAGAGCUGGCACAUGCUCUUUUCCUGUCAAGUAUCUAGGUUGUGUAGAAGUCUUCGAGUCACGAGGGAUGCAAGUGUGUGAAGAAGCUCUAAAGGUACUCAGGAAUUCUCGCCGAAGACCUAUUAGAGGUAUGCUCUACGUAUCGGGUGACGGACUUCGUGUAGUAGAUGAUGAAACAAAGGGACUGAUUGUAGACCAAACGAUAGAGAAGGUGUCUUUUUGUGCGCCCGAUAGAAAUCAUGAAAAAGGAUUCUCAUAUAUAUGUCGAGAUGGAACUACAAGGCGAUGGAUGUGCCAUGGUUUUGUUGCUGUUAAGGAAACGGGUGAGAGAUUGAGUCAUGCAGUUGGUUGUGCUUUUGCCGCCUGCCUGGAGCGCAAGCAAAAGAGAGAUAAGGAGUGUGGGGUUACCAUGUCAUUUGAUCCCACCACAUCCACAUUUACCCGCUCUGGCUCCUUCCGACAAAUGACCGUCACAGAGAGGUUGUCCGACCCUCAGGAAUGUAAACCUAUUGAACCCGUACCCGUCAAAAAGGUUGAAAAUCCACAUGCCAUUGCAAGGCCGCAUGCUACACCCCUUAUGCUGCAGCGUCAAGGUUCCUUUAGGGUAUUCCAGCAUCUCAGCCAGUCACCAUUCAAGCGGCAGUUGUCAUUGCGAUUGAAUGAUCUACCCUCUAAUCUUGAGAGGACACGUUCUAUGUCUUUAGACAACAAUGCUGUAAAUGCUGCCAUUAUCAACAAUAAUAAUCAACCUCCAGAUAGUCCCCAGCCUCCUCUACGUACUCACAGGGAUAGACUUCACUCACUCCCAAACGCAGUUAACAUGACUCCUAUACCAGAGAGCUCGCCUAUAGUGGAGAAUAAACCAGGAGAUGCCGUAUCUGCCAUGUGCCAGGAACUCUCGGCAGGAUUAUCCCUUCUCUCCAAUUUCUCGGACCCCUUCUCCUCCCCAGAGAGUACUUCACCUGCUCACAAUGCCUUCACUACAGCAACCACCACCAUCACAAGCUAUACUAAUGUUGCAAGCACAGUAGUGUCAAAUCAGCAUGGAAUACCAUCACAAGGAGUUAUGAUGCCGUCUGUUGAACCCAUUCAUGAGGAAAUCCCCUGGGCAGGACCUGAAAUUAAUGGACAAAUUACAAGUUUAGUUGAUCCAGCAGGAAUAGAAGCUACAAGGUCAUUAGGAGAAGAAUGGCUUUCACAGUUUAACACGCAAACAAAAAUUACCAAUGGAACCAUCACACCACCAACAGGAUCACAACCAGUCAACAAUGCCGUUAUUGGUCAGCGUAACCCUCCUUUGGCGCAGGUAAGGUCUGCCUCCUUAGGUGCAACUCCAAAUGCAGCCACACCAUAUGUGGCUGUUGGCUCAGCAAGAGAUCCCAUGAGUUCUUCUUGGACCACUUCUAAUGGCACAGGUGGUACAACUGCAAACAAUUUUCUGGUGGGAACUACUACAAAUUCUUCAGGAACUGGGAACGAUCCUUUUGAUGCAGAGUGGGCGGCUCUUGCAACCCGUAAUGCCAACCCCAACAACCCCUUCCUGCCAAACACUCUCACAAAGGCAUUUGAGGUACAAAUGUAAAUUUCAGUGUCAUUUUGAUAAUUAUUAUUAAUUAUCAUUAUUUCAUUUAGUUAUUGAAAGAGGAUUUAUUUCUUGGUUAAAUAUCAAAUUCUAUAAAUUUGUAUUAAAUAUAUGGUCAUCUGCCAGUCAAGAAGUGUUCAGAUCCAAAUUAGAUUAUUAAUUUUUAGCAAAAUAAAUAUAUGGAAAAUAAAAACAUUAAAUUGGUGAAUAAUCAUUUCAAGAUUUUGUAUGUUCAUUUUUUUGUGAAUUAAUGAGAUAAUCAAAUAUUUAACGUUAGGCAGACUUUUUUCUUUAGUGCAUCGUUAAUUGUGGAAGGUUAAUUUCAGAGCACAUUAGGGUUUAUGAAUUGUUGAACAAUCCUAUUUUAGUAUUCCAGUUAAGUACUACAGUACUUACAGGCAUAAUACUUUGUGUAAUGGCUGGUGUACUUAAAAAUUCUCAACUUCAGGCAACUUCUCUGCCAUAUUCCUCAAGUACCUUUGAAGUAAUGCAUAAUUAUAUUUUGUACUUAAAUCAUACAUUGUGAGAUGUUUAAAUUUUUAGGAGAUGGAAUAAAUGAAUAGAUUUGAUGCUAUUUUUCAAAUGAGAUGUGUACCAUAUUUACUCACACGAACAUAAGCAAAAGUAUGUUGAUGUUUCUAUAUUAGUAGCAUUUGCACAGAUUGUAUAGUUGCUGGAUGUGUAAUGGAAUUCAGAUGUACUUUGUAUAUAUAAAUUUAUAUAUAUUUGUCGUACCAUAUUGGUAAUGCUGUUUUUUUUUUUUAUAGUUGGCAUUUCUCAUGAGGAGCAAUGUUAAUGAUGAAUAUAUGAUUUUUUCUUAAUUUCUGAACUAUUUUGUUGCCGUCAUCAGAAUAUUUUGUUCCGCUGUGAUUAAACCAGUGGUACUGAGAGCCUACAGUAUCAGUUAUACUGAAUAUCAUACUUUAUAUUAUAGUAUUGGUUUGACAGUGUUCAUACAUACUUUACAUAAACUUAAUGUCUGUUCACUGCUUUCCAUAUAUAUAUGCACACUUGACAGUUCUGUAAUGGUUGACAUAACCAGUGCAAUAGUAAGCAACAGUUGUUGAGAUUACCUCAUAAAUUAAAUGUGCUGGCAUAGUUUAAUGUGCAAAAAUGUUUUCCAGGAGCAAAUGUUCUUGGUUCUGACGUUUACUGUGAAUAAAAGUUUCUCAAGUUUGUGUAUGUGCAGACACGCAUUCAUAGCCCUCGUGGGAGACAUUUUUGGGGUGUAUUCUGGCAGUUGGGCAAACAUUCAAUCUCGAGAAUAGGAUGAACUUUAAUAAGUGAUGAUCUUCUUAAUAUUUUAUUCUUCUUGUCUGCAUGUUAAGCUGCCCUCAUAAAUGUUUUAUAAUUGGAAAUCUUAAGAGUAGAGGUCAAUUAACAUGUCUUGAGAGUGCUCAUUUUGAUCUGUAGAAAUGGAUAGGAAAUCAAAUCCUAUGAUAUAAGGAAGUUACUGCAAUUGAAAAAUCAAAUUUGUUACAAUCCUUUUAUUAAUUGCCUAAUAUUGAAGUUGGCAUUUUGUAUAAAUUAGCAUAUUGUUAAAUGUUAAGUAAAUUAUGUCUGCUCUUGUUAAGCAUAUUUUCUAAUAUUUAGAUUAUUGUGUGUAAGAAAAAAAAUGAUAAGUUAGGUUAAGGUAGGAUACUGCAUUUUAUAUAAUUUUGAUAAUUUGUUCUUUGGCACUUUCAGCCAGUAACUAAGAUUAUUCAGUCAUUGGUACAUGGGGUAAUGGCUACAGUGAUAGAAUGUACAUAAAUAAUUUUAAUAUAGAAGAUUUAUUAUUUAAAAGUAUGAUUGUAAAUUCUUAGAUUUUGAUGUUGGCUACAUCUUGUAAUGUAAGUGGGCCAUACUGACUGAUGUAUAUGAUACUCUUGACAAAAUAUGACUGUUGUAAAAGAAUUCAAAAUGUUAAAAAAUUUCAUAUAUUGACAAUGCACCAUACUUGAAAAUGAAUAGCAAGCAAUAAUUUGAGUAGCCUUUGUGUUGAAACCAUGGGGAAUGCUAGUUCCAUAAAUUGCCCUCAAUUAUAGUGUAUCGCAUCAGAGUAUGAAACAUUCAUGAUGAGUAUCUUCUUGCUUGCAAUAUCUUGUAUCAAACUGGAGGUGUUAAUCCUAGUUGUUUUGAUUCACUAAGAUUCCUGUUGCAAGGAUUUUAUGCAUGCAAUUUUUGUUUGUUUGUUUUAAGAUUAUAUUUUUAUAUUUUGCACUUUGCUCAAAGUUAAAAAUGCAGUGCAUUUCUGUAAUUCCUUUGCUGGUAUAGUACAUUAAUUUAGGGCCAUGUUCAGUUGAGGCACUAAAGUUAGGUGAACGUAUUUUAUAUUGAAGCACGGUAAAAAUCUUGACUUUUAUGAAUUUGCUAAAUACAAAUGCUACGUACAUCUUCUAGAGAUUGGAGUUUCUGAAGCAAGUUGAAAUAGUGCGUUGUUAGGAAUGAUCGCUAUUAUGAACCAAAGUGCCUCAUGAACGUCACCCAAAUAUUACAAAUGGUGGUAAUGGCAUAUCGUGAUUUUAUCAUCAAUCAAUAGUUCAGUACAUUCCUUUAAUAUUUUCUGUGAUAGAUCUGUCAUAAUAUGCAUUCAUAAUUAUAAUAAUACUGUAUAUGUAUUUGAGAAUUUAUUAGUACUGCUUGAGAUGCACCUCAGGUAGAAAAAUUGAUGUUGAAAACAGCUUGUGUUUAUGCUUUUUUUUCAUGUAUAGAUUAUAACAUUGACUUUUAUUCAUGUGUCAAUAAUAUUGGUCUGUUUUCAUAAAGUAUUGUAAUUAUAAUGAUACACCAGAAUACUGGGAUUUGUUCUGCAAGCUCUUGGUGUAAUGGAUACAUUCUGUUUCCUUUAGAGAAAUAAUUUAAACAUAGAUGUUAGAAAAAACCAGCCUUUGAUUUUACAAAACAAUUUUUAAUGCAUUUCAAUGAUUUUUACUUUGCUUGAAAAGUACCAAGAUUGCCAGUCUUUGAGAAAACUACCUUUAAUAUAUUGUGAAAAUGUAUAUAGAAAACUUUUUAAUUUGCAUUUUAUUUUCAAAACAAUUUGUAUAUAAUAUAAAAUUACAGUGGUAAUCAUCAGGUUUUAAUAAAAUUUGGCAGUGUAUAAAAAAAUUGUGCUUAUGACCACUUCUCCAAUAGAUAACAUGUAAUUAACAUCCAAAGAGUAAUGUAUUUUUAAGCUGAAAAACUUCUUAAAUGGGAAAGCAAUGUUAAAGUUUUCAAAGUGUGUUUCCUUGUAAUGUAGUGACAUGUGUCAUGCACGGUAAGAUAACCUGGUGCACUCGCCGCAAGCAGAUAUACAUACAUAUGGGGUGAAGCAUAAUUUAGCACGGAAAUGAAAUUCAAUGUGCCUGAUGACUGCCAAUGUGGGAGUUGUUGCUUAACGCUGUGAUUGUCAAGUAGCUUAUGCGGUGACGGGAGGUUUAUUACCCUGUCAUUUUUAUGGAGAAUAUACAAUGAUACUGUACAGUAGCUGUUAAGGGGAAGUCAUGUCAACACUAAAAUAUAUUCUACUGUCAAA